UUGAUUAAAUCCCUAAGGCGGCGUGACUUAAUACAGUCGGAUACAACUUCCUUGUGAAUUAGGAUCUAUAUAUACAGCGUCGCCGGAGCCACAGUCACAGACUUGAAUAUCUCUUCGGCAAAUAAUGGAUUCAAGAACCGGCGAGAACCAGGAGAGGAGCAAAUACGAUUCCGCCAUUGAUCUUUUUUCUCUGUUGCAUGAAGACCUUGUGCUUGAUAUCUUAUCAUAUUUACCACCGAGGGAUGUGGCUCGUUCCUCUGUUUUAUCCAAGUCAUGGCACCACGUCUGGAAUUCCAUCCCAACAGAAAAUUUCCAUUUCUUCUACGACGGACGUCGAGAUUCCAAUGCUAUUAACAACUUCAUCAAUUCCGUCGAUGAUUCUUUGCAAGAAUUCCGGGGCCGCCAGAUUACAAAAAUCAAAUCAUUCUCCUUGUGUUUACCCAUUCCUUACGCAGAAGAGUUUCCUUGCCUAGAUGAUUGGAUUGGAUUAGUCACCCACCACUGCAUUGAAGAGCUACAAAUUUGCAUUGACUUUGCCAUGAUCAAGUUUCCUCGGGCCAUUUUUCAGGCAAAAUCUUUGUCUGUAUUGAGAUUACAAGGUUUCACUAUGAGGGGCACCGUGUUGGGAGGUGAUAUUACGCUUCCUUGCCUGAAAAUUCUGUCUCUAUCCGGUGUUUAUAAUAGUGAUUUGAUGACAGAAAAGUUCCUGUCGUCUUGCCCUUCGCUUGAGCAAUUUUCUAUCUUAGCAUCAGAUUUGAAGAAUCUUCAUAUUUCAAAUCUCCCCAAGCUCAAGAAGGUAGAAGCAGAAGUCUCCCAUAAAAUCCAUAUUGAAGGAUUGAAUAUUCAAAUCCUUCGUUGUACAAUAUUUCGAAGCAGUGGAUUAGAGCUGGAAGAACUUCACUGUAAUAAUCUGAAGGAGUUGAGCGUACAUGCCGACAUUACCAACUACUGGAUUCAGCAACUUUUUGAGAAAUUCCAUCUUCUGGAGAUUUUGCACUUGAAAUCUUUUCAACUCUGCCAAAGGGUUUUUAUUUCAAGCCAUAAGCUUAAGAGAUUAAGCUUAGAUUUGAACACACGUCCAGAGGUGCUUGAUAUUAAUGCUCCAAAUCUCAAGUCAUUAACUUACAGAGGCGAAACUCUCCCUUGUCUCUGUCGUAUGAAUACAUCAAGUCCACAAAUUGCCAAAAUGGGAAUAGAUGCCACUAAGGAAUUUAUUGGGCGGGCGUGGUUUCUUAGGUUGAAGAAUUAUCUGGGAGUGUUCCACAAUCAUGAACUCUUGGCUCUAAGUGUUUAUUCUAAUGAGAUUUCAUUCAAUCCGACGGAGUGGACAGACAAAUAUAGACCUCAACCAUGCAGGCUCGAACGUAUGGAGAUUAUUCAUGUUAAAUCUGCAAUUAUCAGCAACUAUUCAGCUCUUUUGGAUGGCCUGCUUUGUUGUGCUCCUCCAAGAAUUUUACAGUUUAAAUAUUUACCCAAGCACAACAGUGAGCUCAUAAAGUUCUUUUAUGAGACUUUGACCACCAACAUGGAAGAACAUCAACAGUGUCCAUUUAAUUGCAAACUAUGGUGUUGGAGGCACAUCUUGAAAGAUGUUAAGAUCAAGAUUCAGAAGCAUAAUGGUGUUGAGCAGAAAGGAGAAUUUGUGUCUCUGCAAAAUCUUGAAUGUGGGGAUCUUGUUAUUUUUGAAUUUACAUGGUGAACAGAAUAUCUACUAGUUGAUU